AUGGCAUCUGCAUCACCACAUCCAUCGGCACAUCUUCCCCCCUUGCACCCGCCCUCGCAGACACGAUAUCCUUCGCACUUUGGGGUAUGGGGACUGGUGGAGGAGGACGAGGAGAAAUUGAAACGUUGGUCCAGCUUCAUCGGUAUCGUUGUAGCCAUCGUCGGGAACCUUCUGAUUUCGCUCGCACUGAAUAUCCAAAAAUAUGCGCACGUUAGGUUGGAGCGGGCGAAGCAGCGGCGGAGGAAGUUUCUGAGGAGACAUCGACGGCGCCUGUUUAAUUCUCACCGAAACGAGAACGGGAAUGCCUGCGGUGGACUCUCAUCGCCCUCCUUCCCUUGCGGGCAUGUGGACCGUGAGUUCAUGAGGGGUUCUGUGCAUUCGUCAAACUCUGGGCAUGAGGACGAUUCCCCGCCGGAUGAAACGUCACUGCUACUCCACCGCAGUUCACACUCCACCGCUUCCAAAGAGGACGGCGAGGAAGAAGUGCACUCCCGGGACCAGCGAUACCUCUCUUCGCCAUACUGGUGGCUCGGCUUGGUCCUCAUGUCGAUCGGGGAAUGCGGCAACUUUCUCGCCUACGGAUUCGCGCCCGCGAGUAUCGUAUCCCCGCUCGGUGUCGUAGCGCUGAUCUCAAACUGCGUCAUCGCUCCCGUGAUGCUCAAGGAGCCGUUCCGCGGCCGGGAUCUCGUGGGCGUCGUGGUCAGUAUCUGUGGCGUUGUGAUUGUGGUCUGGAGCGCCGAAAAGGAGGAAGUCAAGGUUGCCUCGAUCCCAGUAUUUCUUUUACUAGCAUGUCCGCGUUCUGACUGGUCAAUGUGUGGAACAUAGCUCGGACCCGAUCAGAUACUUGAAGCCAUCUCGCAGACCGCUUUUGAGGUUUACGUUGGGAUCACGUGUGGGCUUAUUGGGCUGUUUAUGUAUCUCUCUUCAAAGUAUGGGAGAAGGUACAUAUUUAUCGACCUGGGGCUUGUCGGGCUAUUCGGUACCUCCCCCUUCCCCCCCUUCGUGGCGGGGCGGCUAACAGAGGGUAGGCGGCUACACUGUCCUCUCGACCAAGGGGAUAUCAUCUCUCCUAUCCUCAUACUUCUACCGAAUCUUCACCUACGGGAUAGCAUACCCGUUCGCCAUAGUUCUGGUCACGACUGCAAUCCUGCAGGUGAAAUACGUGAACCGCGCCCUCCAACGCUUCGACUCGACACAAGUAAUCCCUACGCAAUUCGUUCUCUUCACCAUCUCCGUAAUCCUGGGAUCAGCGAUAUUAUAUAGAGACUUUGAAACCGUUGAUGCGGAAAGGAUGUUAAAGUUUGUCUCCGGGUGUCUGUUGACAUUCUACGGCGUGUGGAUAAUCUCUUCUGGCCGUGGCAAGGCCAAGAACCCGGACGACGAAUCCGACUACGAGAGCGAUCUUGAACCUGCGGCGGGACUGGAACAGGGAAUGGUAACACCCCAUAGGAAGAUCAGACCCCUGUUCCUCGACGGGCCCGGCAUCUCCAGUUCCAGCAGCGAGGGCGAGGGUGAGGAUGAGGAUGAAGCCUCUUCCACCCGCCAUACCCUCCCACCACUUCCCGAAGAACCGCCGGCAACCCGCCCGCAGGUUACACGCGGCCCUUCCAGCUCCUCCCUAGCAGCGACCGAACGCUCCGUAGCGCUCUCAGACGCUAUGCAUUCCGACCUCGUCGUCCACGCCGACGGACACCACUCCAGCCGGAAAAACAGUCUCACACCCUCUCACCGCCGCUCAUUUUCUUCCUUGCUCCCGGGACCCAUCGUCGCCGGCUCGCAGUUAAAGGCUGUCGUUGCCGGGAGCGUUAAGAAGCGCCGGGACGAAAGCGCUAGCAGGGGGCGGAGUAGGAGUCUGAGUUUUGUACUGGACCUGUUGAAAGGUCGUAGGGGCCGGAGAGAUGCUGGUGGCGGUCCUGGAGGUGGCGGAGCGGAAGGGUAGUGCGGUCAUGGGUCUUCUUAUUCUGAUUAAUGGGGAAUUGGACGGAUAGGUGGAGGAGUAGUAAUUCGUGAUUGACUUUCAUUGCUUGUUUUUCCUUAAUUUCCUUCUGCUUUUAUCAUUUCUAAUCUCACAUGGAGCCUGUUGCGAUAUCCCUGUACAGUAGAGUUAAAUCAUGCGUUGUGUGGCUGGGGAGGUAUUUUUCGUUUGUAUGUGCUGUGGCGUAGAUAGAACUGCGUCUGGUAUUAUAGGCGGAGGAGAGAGGAGGGGUUGCUGAGAUGUGCGUUGGUUAGCAGACACUAACCUAGUGAUUACCCCAAG